AUGCACAAUCCUCAGACCUUCGGUGGCCCUCCAACUCAGGCGGCGGCUAUGGUUGUACCUGAUCUAAGCAACAAACCCAAGACCCCUUUACCUUCAUCGACAGACCGACCCGCCUUUUCUCCAGAAUGGGUCACGAAAGCUCCUUCCGGCUAUACGAUAUCUGAGCAUUUGCUCGGUGAGCCACCGCUGACAAAAGAGCCAUUUCGAAUGCUGUGUCUGGGUGCCGGAGCAUCUGGCAUCGAUUUUCUACAUCAUACUGUCACCCUCGAUUCCUUCAAGGGCUUGAAUGUGGAGAUCAAAUGCUACGAAAAGAAUCACGAUGUAGGCGGGACGUGGCUCGAGAAUAGAUAUCCAGGAUGCGCAUGCGACGUACCCAGCGUUUGCUAUCAGUUCCCGUGGAGACCGAAGCCUGACUGGACGAGCUUCUACUCCGAGAGUCGGGAGAUCUGGCAGUACAUGCGCGACAUUGUCGACGAGGAGAAGCUCGACGGUUAUAUUCAAUACAAUACAGAAGUCACCAGUGCGGUCUGGAACGAAGACAAGUCCCGAUGGAUCAUCGCUUCGCGACACGAGAUUAGCCCUGGCCAGUGGGAGGAGCGUGAGGAGGAGUAUCACUUCUUUGUGAAUGCUUCUGGAUUCUUAAACGCCUGGAAAUGGCCAGACAUUCCCGGAUUGCACGAUUUCUGCGGUCAGCUCUACCACACGGCAAACUUCGACGAUACUGUCGAUCUCAAGGGAAAGAAGGUUGCUGUGAUAGGAAGCGGAAGCUCCGGGGUCCAAGUCGUAGCCUCGAUAUAUCAACAAGUUGAUCAGCUCUACCAUUGGGUCCGGAGCCCGAUCUGGGUCACGGCAGGAUACGGUUCGAAAUAUGCCGGCGACAACGGGACCAACUUCCAAUAUUCCAAAGAGCAACAGAAGACGUGGGCCCAAGAUGAAGCGCAAUAUCUUUCCUAUCGCAAAAAGGUUGAGCGAGAACUGAACAUCCGGUUCAAGUUCAUCCUGCGCAACACUCAGGAGGCUGAGGACGCGUGGAAGUACUCUUAUGGCGAGAUGGCCAGGCGUCUGUCCUACAACGAAGAAAUCAUGUCCCAUAUUAUCCCGAAGGACUUCAACGUCGGCUGCCGACGCCCGACACCUGGGACGGGGUAUCUGGAAGCUUUGGUGGCGCCCAAAACAAAAGUCUACUUCGAAACGAUGCAUUCCAUCACGCCGCACGGGUUCAAGCCCAGCUCGUCCGAGCAUGAAGUCGACGUGGACGUGAUCAUCUGCGCCACUGGGUUCGACACCUCCUUCCGGCCCCGAUUCCCCGUCGUCGGGUUGAACGGGACCAACGUCAGCGAGCUCUGGCAGGACCACGCUCUGGGGUACAUCAGCACCGGUGUGCCCGACAUUCCUAACUAUUUCACCUACUUUGGCCCGUACGGGCCCGUAGCUCAGGGCUCUCUCAUCCCAGUCGCCACGGCGCUGUCGCACAAUCUGGUCGCCAUUAUCAAGAAGAUCCGUCUUGAACACAUUCGGCGCCUCUCGCCCAAGCCCAGCGUCGUGGCUGACUUUGGCGAACACGCCACGACCUACCACAAGCGCACAGCCUGGACGGACCCGUGUCGGAGCUGGUUCAAGCAGGGCCGCGUGGAAGCGAACCCUAUCGUAUGGCCUGGGUCGCGACUGCACUAUCUUGACGUGCUGGCCACACCCAGGUUCGAGGACUAUGAUAUUGAGUACGAGAGCGGCAAUCGCUGGGGUUGGCUGGGCAGUGGUUUCUCAACUAUUGAGUUCAACGGCGGGGAUGUGACGUAUUAUUUGGGCGAAGAGACCGAGGAGGACAAGGAAGAGAGGUUACGGAGUAGUUGA